AUGGCCGAAGCGACGCUCCACAAUGCCCCCAUAGUUCUCGACAACGGCAGCGGCACAAUACGUGCCGGAUUCGCCGGCGAAGAUCUUCCAAAAUGCUACUUCCCGUCGUUCGUCGGUCGCCCGAAACACCCCAGAGUCCUUGCUGGCGCAUUGGAGGGCGACGUCUUCAUCGGCCAGCGAGCUCAGGAGCUCCGUGGCUUACUCAAGAUCAGAUACCCGCUUGAACACGGCAUAGUUACAGAUUGGGAUGAUAUGGAGAAGAUAUGGCAGUGGGUGUAUGAAGGGGAGUUGAAGACUCUGAGCGAGGAGCAUCCAGUGCUUUUGACGGAGCCACCGCUAAACCCGCGCGCGAAUAGAGAUACGGCCGCGCAGAUUCUAUUUGAGCAGUUUAACAUUCCUGCACUGUAUACAAGCAUUCAGGCGGUGUUAUCGUUAUACGCGUCUGGUCGAACGACGGGGAUUGUGCUUGAUUCUGGAGAUGGCGUGUCGCAUGCGGUGCCGGUGUACGAGGGCUUCGCGAUGCCCAGCAGUAUACGGAGAAUAGAUGUUGCUGGACGAGAUGUCACGGAACACUUGCAGCUGCUUUUGAGAAAGAGUGGAUAUGUGUUUCAUACAAGUGCGGAAAAGGAGGUUGUGCGGAUGAUCAAGGAGAAGACGACAUAUGUGGCCCUUGACCCGAAGAAGGAAGAGAAGGACUGGUCAACGGGGGUAGGGAAGCAGGAAUCAAAGAUACAGGAGUAUGUCUUGCCGGACGGGCAUAAAUUGAAGGUCGGCGUCGAACGAUUCCGUGCCCCGGAAAUUCUCUUUGACCCCGAAUUGAUUGGACUCGAAUACCCUGGCGUACACCAGAUUGUGGUCGACGCGAUUAACCGCACGGACAUGGACCUCCGCAAGUCGCUGUUCGCCAACAUUGUCCUUUCGGGUGGAUCUACGCUGUGCAAAGGGUUUGGAGACAGACUACUGCAUGAGGUGCAACGACUGGCGGUGAAAGACAUGCGAAUUAAAAUCUUCGCUCCACCGGAGAGGAAGUAUAGUACAUGGAUCGGGGGCAGUAUUUUGGCCGGGUUGAGCACGUUUCGAAAGAUGUGGGUCAGCAUCGAUGACUGGCAUGAAAAUCCGGAUAUCAUCCACCAGAAAUUCACCUAG